AUGUGUAGAGAUGAAGGCCCUCAUUUGUGCCAAGGUUGGACGUCUAAGGAUGACGUUGUAGGUCGUGGGGCAAUCAAUGAGGAGGUGGAUGCUCUCAAUGGGUUAAACGAGAUCGCCAGAGAAACUCACAAGAAGCUUGAUGGUUCGAUCAAGCAGGUGGUCAGGGACAUGAAGUUCAUUGAACGCUUCUGCGAACAUGACACUCACCGAGUUACCAGUGUCAACAAGGAUACGUUCGACAUCAAAGUUAGAAAUGUUUGCCUGAAUAACCAGCGGAUCAUCAUGGGGAAAGAUGGUGACAUGCUUCUUUUCCUUGCUGAAGAUAAUGGGGUCUUAACAUGUUCUAGACAUCUUUGA